AUGAGCUGCGCGCUGUGCCUCCUCUCCCGAGCCAACUGCAACGGGGUGAUACCAUGCACGAGAUGCGUCGCGCUGAACAUGGCCGACCGCUGCUUCCACCCGCCUCCGAGCAAGCGAGGCCGUCCCCGCCGUACCCCCGCCCCCACAGGUCAACCGCCGGCCCCCAUACAACCAACACCGCCAUCGGCGGGUCAGGGUCGGCAGGGAGCCGGCGGCGUGAUCAGCCACCAAGGGCUGCAAGGACCUCAACAAGGCCAGCAAGGCUCUACCUCGCCGGCGACCACGACAACGACAACGACCACGCCUGUUCCACAAGCGCCGGAUGCAGGUGUGCCCACUGCUCCGAGUCCGGCCACACACGGUGUGGUCGCGUACAUUAUCGACGAGAUGCGAGCGCUCAAGGCGGAGAUACGGAUCAAGGCCGAGAAGACGCGCAAGGCGAGGAAGAAGGACAAGCUGCGGCUGCAGCAGAUGGAGCGCCACAUGCACGAGAUGGCGCGGCGCGUGCAAGAGCUGGAGGAGGACAGAGCGCGGCUGCGAAGCGAGCUUGCCGCUCGCAUGGCCGUGCACCAUGCCGCCACGCCUCCAGUGUUCUCUCGGUUGGGGAGCCCCAGCGCCCCCUCGUCGAGCGAUGGGAGCACGAGUUUGGUGGGGCUCGGAGCACAUGGCGAGGCGGAGUGGGGCGACGCAGUUUGCUUGUGGGAAGAGAUGCUCUCGCACCUGCCCUUCCUCAGACACUUUGACCUGGCGCCGAGCAAGCUCGCCAUUCACGACCUGCGGCCACCGAUAGCGGUGUUCGUGUCAGAUCACAAAUUGAAUUGGAAGACGAGCCCAUUCUUCAUCAACCCUCAGUUCAGUAGGGUGUCCGGCUUUUCCAUGAGGGAGCUGUUGGCCAGGGACAUCGUGGUGGCGCUGCCAAAGCAAAACAAGCUCAGGAUAAGGCAGGCGUUCAGGUCCUGGAGUGGCGGCUUCAUGCUCCAGUUGGCGGCCCGGUACCAAAUCUUCACCGUCCAGCAGCGCACCUACGGGGUGUUGCGCAUAGAUCGCAUCCUCGCAGAGGAUCGGACUCGAUCUCUUCAAGAUGUGCGGUUGGAACAGGAAGCAGAAUGGGCUGAAGUGGCGCAGCCACGGACCCGCACCAUCGCGGAGGAGCCGCCAUCUGCGUCCUCCCGUAACUACUACCAUCAGCGCAACAACGGCGACCAGUCUACAGCGCAGCCUUCGGAGAAGAGGAGCAUCAACAUAGGAAGUGAGUUCAUGACUUUCGACGACUUGCUCUCGGAGUUCAAUUUAGACCCGCAAUACCACCUGCCCGAGUAA